AUGAAGCUUGUCCCCGUGGCUUUGGCGUGCCUGCUGCUGGCCGCGAUGUGGCCUCAAGACGUGAACGGCAAGAGCAUGCACGUGUCCUCCUCCAACUGUUGCUUCUCCUUCGUGGAGAAAAGGAUUCCCCUGAAGACCAUCCGCUGCUACAGAAAGAGCAGCUCCACCUGCCCCUACGACGCCAUCAUAUUCAAGCUGAGAGGAGGCAGAGAAAGCUGUGCCUUGAAGACAGUGGGCUGGCUCCAGGGCUACUUUAAAAAGAUGAAGCCCUGCCUGCCAAAGGGACCCUGA